AUGCAGAAUCUUGAUGUGGCUGAUGAGAGGGACAAUGUGGUUCUCGUGGACCUGUUAGAGUACUGCAAUGUGUAUCCGCUACCACCCUGGACUUUCUUUGGCGGCCCCACCAUGCGCCUGCAUGUCAUCCUCAGCCUUGUGGACACCCCUGCAGGAAAGAAGAUAGAAUACCAGGAGGACCACAGCAUGUGGAUGGAGUCAUUGCUGUUCCACACGCUGCCAGCCCCUGUCGGCCAGUUCCUGCACAACUACACCAUGCCCUUCAUCGGAAAUUUGGUGGCCUCGCUGGGCAACAAGUUCUUCGAGUCGGAACAGACCCACAUCCCCAAGGAGGUGGACAUGCAGAGGGUGGAUGGCGAGGUGGGCGUAUCGGGGCUGACGGAAGUGCGCGCUGAUCUCGGGCGCGCAAUCAGCGCCAUGUUUGCCCGCGGCAGCAGCGCAGCACAGCGCAAGGCGCUCAUCGAUCGCCUCUAUGCCCCGGAUGCGCUGGUUUGGAACAUAAUGUACACGGUGAGGGGCCGGCGCGCCAUUUUCGGCGCUGUCAACCUGUGGUGCUCCCUCAACAACAUCGACGUCAAGAUCAACCGCAUCGUGCCCUGUGGCGACACUGUGCUGGUGGACGUGGCACAGGAGGUGAAGCCGAGGUACUGGCCGGCCUUGAUGCCCGCUUAUGUAAUCUGGAACCACAUCGUCCUCACCCUUGCCGACUCCCCUGACGGGGGCAAGGUGAUCCAAAGGCAUGAGAAUCACCCAAUGGGCACAGAAGCAACGCUGAUCUACAACCUUGGACCCAUCUCCUGGAUCAUCAAUCUGAUCCGCCGCUUCAUGGGCGUCGCCUUUGGCAUCGUCGGCCAAGUCAUCUAUCUCAUUCUCAACUUCCUGCUCAAUCAGAAGGAGAUGGAGCAGCAGCUGUCGGACAUGCCACGAGAAUUUGAGCCGCCACACGCGCACAAGUACAGCCAUGUAAACUGA